CUUAAUGUCUUGUGGACUCAUUAUUUAUUUAUUUAGAUAGUUAUUUAGUUAAGUGCACGAGAGUGUUAACCCUAAAAUUGACCGGAAGUGGUUUUUGUUCCGCACGGAAGGCGUCACGCAGUCACACAAGUUGCAGAUGUUUACACAGUACGUGGAAGAAUUUCCCGUUAGUUUCUAUUCUGCGUUCGUUUGGCGGAACUACGGAGCUGGUUUGUCAAGUCAGUGAGUGACGUUUCAGCUGUGUGUAGCUGCGACAAAAGGGUAAAAAAAAAAAAAAAAACUUCACAGCAGAAGUUAGCAGCAGCGACUCCGACCAAAAUAGCACAACGAAUUAGCUCGUUAGCUUGCGCCCGCCACAGGACGGGCAAACGGACGCAACGCAGGACACGAGUAAACGAUUAACUAGAUAUGGCUGUGAGUGUUAGUAAAACGUGUAUUUUUAUUUCUGGGACUUUAUACAGUCAGCGCUUUGGUUAGCUUGCUCCUGUCACGCGCUGUGUAUGAACGCAGCUUCAUGGCUAGCUGAACUGUUUUUUUUUUCUUUUUUUUUUUUUUUAAAAGAAUAGGAAACGCUGCCUUAUUUUCUGCUAUGCUAUGUAACUUACACUGGUAAGGAAACCACACCUUACAGCAGGGGAGUGACAAAUGACACUUUUACUCUCGCCUACCAGUCUCCCUACAGCUGGAAACUUGACGUCCAUGCUUCCUCUUGAUUUUUCUCCUGUCACGUUCAGCUCCUGCCGAACUGAGCCACUGCCAUCUGGUCCAGCAUGAAGGCCCUGGGAUCCAAAUUUUCCUUUUAUGCGGGUUUUGUGGUGGGAACCUUCAUGUUGUACGUGUUCUUGCGACAGAUAUGGUUUGAGAGUGCAGCUCAGCAAAGCUUAGUGAAACAUCAUGACCCCCAGCAACUUGAGGAAGAGGAAUGGAAGAAGGACAGAUCUGCUCUCUUCCGUCUCAAACAUCCUCAUCAUAUAGGUGAGGAUAGCCGCAUGGCUGACGAGUUGUACAAAAAGGUGCGAAUUCUUUGCUGGGUGAUGACAGGACCCAACAACCUGGAGAAAAAGGCUCGGCACGUGAAGCACACAUGGAGUCGUCAUUGCAACGUUGUAGUUUUCAUGAGCUCUGUGGAUGAUCCUGACUUCCCCACAGUGGGAUUGGGCACUAAAGAGGGCCGCGAUCAGCUGUAUUGGAAAACAAUCCGAGCCUUCCAUUAUGCCUACGAGCAUCAUGCCGAAGAGGCGGAUUGGUUCCUCAAGGCGGAUGACGACACCUACGUGAUUGUAGACAACCUGCGAUGGGUCCUUGCUAACCACACGCCUGACGAGCCAAUUUACUUCGGCCGAAGGUUCAAGCCUUACACCAAGCAGGGAUACAUGAGCGGCGGCGCAGGCUACGUCCUGAGCAGAGAGGCUCUGCGGAGAUUCGUAGACGGUUUUAAAACCAAAGUGUGCACACACACCACCUCUGUGGAGGACCUGGCAAUGGGGCAGUGCAUGGAGAAGGUCGGGGUGCUGGCAGGAGACUCCAGAGAUACUUCACACAGAGAGACGUUUCACCCGUUUAUCCCUGAGCAACACCUCACUGCCAAGUUCCCAAAGAGCUUCUGGUACUGGAGCUACUGCUAUUACCCCAUCUCAGAGGGUCCCAAGUGCUGUUCGGAUAUAUCCGUGUCUUUCCAUUAUGUAGAUGCUCCAGGCAUGUAUUUAUUGGAAUACUACGCCUAUCACCUGCGUGCCUUUGGCUACAAAUAUCGAUACCAACCCCCCACCCCAAAGGGUUAUAGAAUUGAACAUUUACCUUCAAGAAAUGCUGCAGAAGGACAAAAUGAAGUGGUUUCUCAGGAGAAGGAAAACAAAGAGGUGAAUGAUCCGUCCCAGACUGACCUGAGGCAGGAUGCAGAUCCUCCCCCUGCAGAUGAUGAAGACGCUCCUGCAGCUCCAGAGGAAAACUGACUCUCAUAACGCUUUGUGGGUCAAACAAAUUUUAAGGCUGACAGAAACAAGAUGGUUUUUAUGUUUAUCAGUUCUUUCUGACAAUUUGGACUCAUUGCCUGAGAGUUCUGGACUGCUUUUAGUGUGAACCGUGAGUGGAAGACUGUUCCUCAACUUGGAACAUAUUUUGUGAUUUUUAUCCUUUUUCUAUUGUGUUUUUUUAACAAAUGUAUUUCUUGAGACCUAGAAACAUUUGUCUGCUCGUACUGACUUUGAAACAAAGGUGAGUAGUUAAGUAUUUAACUGAUUUUUUCUUUUUUUAACUUAACAGUCACAUCUAAACCACCACUUUAUUGUUUAGACUUGCUGAAGUUGCUUGAGUUCAUUCCAAAUGUAAAAUUCUAGAUCAGCCAGGAGGAACCAGAUCUUGGGUUUUCCAAGAAAAUAUAUUUGAUUUAUUUUAAAACCAAGUUAUAAAGCUUUUAAGUUCAACUACCCAGCUUUAACUUGAAAAACUCGUCAAACUUGAUUUUUGGUUGCCUUCAAAAACAUUUUCACCCAGGCACAAAUGAAAAAGUGUUACGUGUUAAAGUCAGUCACAUCUUAUUUACAUUUAGCUUAAGGGAGAAUUUUCAUCUUGAUUCAAUUCAAUUCAAUUCAAUUUAUUGUCAUUAUACUGAAACAGGGUUGUACAGUGCAACAAAAUGCUUUUAAGCUAGAUCUCCAGUGCAGCAACAAAAGACAUAGUGCAGACAAGACAUAGCGUGCAUAAACAUUAGACACAAACAUUAAAUACACAAUCGUGUAUAUGAAGUGAACUAGGUGUGGACAACGGACAGUGUAUGAUUGUUCAGGUUUUGGCUGGAGUGGCUGGGGUCACCAGUUUAACAGCACGGGGAAAGAAGCUGUUCUUGAGUCUGCCGGUAGGCAAACUGAUGUGGAUCCAGAGUGCCAGGAAGGCUGUUCUUAAUGUGACCCAGAAUCAGCCUCUCAAAGCACUUCAUCGCAAUAGGUGUGAGAGCGAUGGGACGGUAGUCAUUCAGGCAGGAGAUGGUGGUUUUCUUUGGGAUAGGGAUAACUGUAGUGGCUUUGAAGCAGGCCGAAACAGUGGACUGUGCCAGAGAGGCGUUAAAUGAAAGGGCCUUAAAUGUUCAUUUUAAAGGUUUUUAUGUUAAGGUUUAAUUAGAUAACUGGAUUUGUAACAAGUAUUUUCUCUUUUUUAUCUAAUUUUUUUAUGUGUAAAAGUUUUCCAAUCAAAGGUCAGAGAGUUUAAAAGGACCUGUUCACUAUGACUAGAAACAAACAUUCAUAAAAGAGGGACCAGGAUAUGUUUGAAAGUGUUUGAAAUAAUACUUUUAUUGGUAUUUUGUUAAGUAAACACUUUGUUUUGAAGCAAUGUGAGUGAAGACAGUUUAUAACUUACUGUAAUGUGGUAUACAACUAUUUUGACCCUUAAACAAUGAAAUAUCAGUCCGGUCCAAUCAACUGGAAAAAUAGACUUAAUUUUCAGCCUCUGUUAAAUGUUAAUAUCAAAGUACACAUAGUUGGCUGUGUAUUAGGUAUCAUCAAAAGCAGUGUAAGUGUGUCAUGUUAAGAUCAGCUGUAUUUAAGAGGUCUUUACCUUGGUUGUUUGUUUUUAGAUUCCAUAUUUUUCCAGUUAACUUGGUGUGAAAUUAUCCAAUCCAUAUUCUUACCAAAAAUGUUAUUAUACUUAGUUGUUUUUUUUGGGGGGGGGGCAUAACUAUAAUUCUCUAAAUUUUCUCUGAUGCAUCUAUUGAUUCCCACAAAGAAUGAAACUACAGUGAAGGCUGACUAAUUUUUGUGUACCUGGGUUAUAGUAGUCCCUUUUUGGUUCUUCCUAAUAGCAGGAGCGUGUUUAGCAAAGAGCAAAUUUCCUCGAUGUGUUUUUGCUUUGAUAGUUUAACCAGUUUGCUAAGUAAGUAGUGAAUUACGUCCUCUUAGCUUCCUGAAACAAAAGUGAACGUAUUACAAAUGAAUGGCUUCACUUGGUUUCGUGCCCUUCCUGAAAACUGGGUCAGGACAGGUUCCCUGCAUCUGCAGACAGACAUGUUUUGUGCCUUGAAAACUGAGAUUGUAUGAGCCAUCAACUGCAUAUGUGACUUUGCACUGUGACAUUACAAUGACGAGAGGAAGACAGACUGUAGUUUUUCUGAAUCCUUCUGUUGUAAUGUUCACGGCCUUUGAGCCAGUGUUUGAGUUGUUUCGGUUUUUUUGUAAUCAGAGGUUUUUUGUUUUAGUUUCCACUAGGUCCCUUGAUGUAAAAAUUCUUCAUGGGCCAGACCAUGUACUUUCUUCUUAGAACGAAAAGUAUUUUAAGCAGUUUUCCAAUAUGUAACCAAAAAAAAAAAAAAAACUUCAGAUGAGACACUAUGAUGGCCACAAACUGUUUGAAACUGAAUUAAUUUGGAGUUUAAUGUGAUUCAAAUGCACUUUUGAAAGGAACUUUUGUUGUUUUUAACCACUUGAAGCCAUUUUUUUCCCUAGUUGUUUUAAUGGAUCACAAUUGCCUAUCAAAGUAUAAUGUGUGACGAGCAUGUUUUCUCUUUUGAUGGCAAAAGUAUUAAAAAAAUACAUUUUUUACAUUUUAACCUAUAGCAUGUUUUAUGUAUUAAAAUAUAGAGAAACAAAUGACUGCAAUUAAAAUUAACAUUUUUUAUUAGUUAAUAAAACAGCUGUUUCUAGUUUUUGUUGGUAGUGAAGCCACACAUCUGGUCCAUGACAAUCUUUUUGAUAUUAAAGUUUUCUCCAAGGGAAAAGUGUACAGCUCUGUAUUUAUAUCUAAAUUGUAUUUAUGUUAAAAUUGACAUAAAAGUCUGGUUCAUUAGUAUUUUAGCGUGUGAUAAUUCAACAGUUUUUCAGCACACAAUCAGUGUGAUGGUUUAUGGUGAAAGAUAUUUUAUUCACUAUAAAUAAAUGCAUAUUUUAUUGUA